CCUAUUUAUAUACAAAACCCUUUUCAUUCUCAUACCAUCCUCACCCACUCACUCUUCUCCAAUGCCUGCCCACGCGCCUCCAAUCAACAAACACUCUCCGCCGCCGCCCAAAGAGGCCCAUUUCAGAGGCGUCCGCAAGCGUCCCUGGGGCCGCUUCGCCGCCGAGAUCCGCGAUCCCUGGAAAAAGACCAGAAAGUGGCUCGGAACCUUCGACACCGCCGAGGAAGCCGCCAGGGCCUACGACACCGCAGCAAGAACGCUCCGAGGGCCCAAGGCCAAAACCAACUUCACCUACGUCGUUGCUCCUGCGAUUUUCGCUGCCCCUGAAUCUCAGGCCCCAGCCCAUGACCCACUCGCUAGACCGGUCGAGUUCUUCGGCCUUCCCUUGUUCUUCACCACGGAUGCAGAUUCCGGGGCGCCGGUGAGGUCGGAGUACAAGGGCUACAAAUUGGAGAACAUUGCCGGAUUUGUGGUUACCAAGGAAGAGAAGAAGAAGCCGUUUUUGUUCGACCUUAAUCAGCCGGCGCCGCUAUUCUGAAGCGGCCGGCGGAAAACGUCGGCGGCGAUGGCCUAGUGUUUUUCUUUUAUAUAUAUUUUCUUUGAAUUUGUUUAUAUGACUUAUUUUGGGUGCUACAUGGCCAUUGUUGUGAUGUUGUACAGUUCAGGUUAUAGGUUUUGAGCAACAUUUUGAUUAUUGCGGUAGAAACCAGCUGGGGAUAUGUUUAAAGUUUAUUUAGCUAUUUGUUUGUCGUUUGUUGCAUCCUUGGAUUAUCACUGAACCUAUGUUAGUACGUAAGUUGCAUACUUCAAAGCGUAAAGCUUUUUGGGUCUGUUUUCACCACCGUAUAAACUUGAAAUUAAUCAACUCUAAUUUACCCAAUCAGUUGUUUUGCAGUCGCAAGACUUUGGCUUAUUCUGUGUGAGCAACAGUAAAUUAAGUAAAAGUUGCUUCUUCUUUUGUUUUCAAAAUCAGGUAAAGGUAAUACCUUACAAACAUGAGCAGGCAGAAGUGCAGAAUCGAUUAAAGUUUCAGAAAAAUGGAAAGAAGAAACAAAAGAAAAGGAAGGAAAGGGGCGAAGGUUUAAUGUAUACUGUGCAUGAGACUCAACGUGCCA